AUGAGUACCAUUAUCUUAUUCACUUAUGGAUUGGGAACUUAUGAAGAAUUAAUGAAGACCUAUAAUUUUGAUGAAGCCAUUAGACCAAAUCUUUUAAUCGGUUUUGGUACUCAAUUUAAAUUAAUACAUUCCGGAUUUGGUGAAAUCGCCCUUGGGGUUAUUCCUAGGCGAUUUAUAAAACCGAAGAAAAGAAAAUCGAUGCAAAUUUACAACCUGAAGAAUCUUGUAAAUAUGGUCAAAUGUCCCGGAGGACCUCGAUCCUACACCUCAAAAAGACGGACCGCGUAG